GCCCAGCCCCCUCCCGCAGCGCCUCACCCAGCGGGGGAGGGGGAUCGCCCCAGCCCCAGGGGGCGGGGCCGGGAUCCAGUCGCUCCCCGGGGAGAGGUAGGGGAUGGGGUCAGGAGGAACCCGAGAACAGGGAACCGCGCAGUGGGGACAGAGGAGUGAGGAGGGGGCAACGGGACAAGACUGGAUUGAGGAUCCACUGGCUCCGUGGGCCGGCUUCCAGGGACCAGAAGGCGGUACAGGCGGAGGAUCCUAAGGAAUCGGACGUCUUCGCCAUUCAGCAGAGGUUUUACAAAGGUGCAAGUACCGGGUGAAGAGCUGGACGCUGAAAUAAACACAGCCCUGAUUGGGCACCUGUGCACCUUAUUUGAAUGGAAGCUCGGGAUUGGCUGGCCUUGUCGGUGGCCUGGGCGGUGUUCGCUAAGCUCGUGACCAUCUACUGCCAUGGCCGGGCCCGGGUCCGCUUUCCGCCGCUUGGGUGCCUUGUCUGGAGCCGGGGCCUUAGGCUUGGCCUCCUACGGGGCGCACGGCGCCCAGUUUCCGGAUGCCUACGGGAAGGAGCUCUUUGACAAGGCCAACAAACACCACUUCUUCCACAGCCUGGCCCUGUUAGGGGUGCCCCAUUGCAGAAGGCCCCUCUGGGCCGGGUUACUCCUAGCCUCUGGAACCACCUUAUUCUGCACCAGCUUUUACUACCAGGCUCUGAGUGGAGACCCCAGCAUCCAGGCUUUGGCCCCUAUGGGAGGGAGCCUUCUACUCAUGGGCUGGCUUGCCUUGGCUCUUUGAGCUUCCUUGUGUUUAAUUUCUGGGUACUUUUUUUGAGAGGUGGAACAGGGAGGGGAUUAAAAGAGAAAGGCAAAUAAA